UUAAUUUAUAAUAAUUUAUUAUAAUUUAAAUUUGUUUUCAGAUCCCACAAUGUCUUCGGCGCCAUAUAACUACAAUUACAUAUUCAAAUACAUCAUAAUUGGUGAUAUGGGUGUGGGAAAAUCAUGUAUUUUGCAUCAAUUUACGGAAAAGAAAUUCAUGGCAAAUUGUCCACAUACCAUUGGUGUUGAAUUCGGUACACGUAUCAUUGAGGUCGAUGAUAAGAAAAUUAAAUUACAAAUCUGGGAUACCGCCGGUCAAGAACGUUUUAGGGCUGUGACACGCUCUUACUAUAGAGGUGCUGCUGGUGCUCUUAUGGUCUACGACAUAACCAGACGAUCAACGUACAAUCAUCUCAGCAGCUGGCUAACGGACACACGCAAUUUAACCAAUCCGAAUACUGUGAUUUUCUUAAUUGGUAAUAAAUCAGAUUUAGAAAGUACACGAGAAGUUACCUACGAAGAGGCUGAAGAAUUUGCCAAAGAAAAUGGUUUAAUGUUUUUGGAAGCAAGUGCUAUGACAGGGCAAAAUGUAGAAGAAGCCUUUUUAGAAACUGCUCGUAAAAUCUAUCAGAAUAUACAAGAGGGUCGUUUGGAUCUCAAUGCUUCGGAAUCGGGUGUACAACAUCGUCCCUCCCAACCUGGAAGAACCUCAUUAACAAAUGAGACACCCAAUAAUAAAGAUCAGUGCUCAUGUUAAACAUGUGUUUAUAUAUAUUUUUUUUUAAUAAUUGUUUUUUUUUUUCUUUAAACAACAUUUAUUAUUAUAUAUAUAUUUUUUUUUUUAAUUAUUUACUAAACAUUUUUUUUUGUAAAUUAUGUUUCUUUUAAUAUUUUUCUUACACUCUCUUUAUUAGCUUAACUUCUUUUUUUCUCUCCUUCUAUUUUCCACGAUUAUAUUUGUAUUGAACAAAAUAGCUGUUUAUUAUUAAAUUAUAUUAAAAUAAGUAUAAAAUUUAUAAUGAAUAAAAAUAAAAACAUACGUAUAUUUAAAACAACAACAAAAACAACAACUAGUACUCGAAACUAAAACAACACU